AUGCCCUAAAUGUAAAUGUGUGUGUGUGUGUUUCUAUGUGUGUGCGUGUGUCCCAGGUCUAAGGGGCAUGAGGUGGACCCCCUGGUGAGGCAGUACCUGGACCACAUGGGGCUGGACCCCCCUCGGACCCCCCUCCACCUCCAGACCCCCCCGCUGGAUCCCUACUCUUACAGACAGUACCGUCUCCCCGCUGAGGAGGAGCGUUCUCUCAACACCCUGGACGAAAGCAGCAGAGUCUUCCUCCCAUCCUCCUCCUCCUCUUCAUCCUCCUCCUCUUCCUCUCCUGGGGGCGUCGACCAGGACCACCAACUCCUCCAAGACCUCCUCUCCCUCUUCCUCUCCUCCUCCUCCUCCUCCCCAUCCCUCCCCCCUGGCUCCUCCCUCCUGCAGGAGCUGGGCUUCCCCCUCGACUAUGGCCAGGACUACGUUACCCAGCAUGCAGCAGCCAGACGCCCCAAUCAGAAGCAGGCAGAGGAGCAGCGGGGGGGCGGGGCCCAGCAGGGGGGCGGGGCCCAGAGGAAGGACUACGACUCCAUGGCGGGGAUGAUGGAUGACCGCUCCAUGAAGAACCUGGCUCUCCUCAUGGAGCACUACGGGGCCAGCAUGAAGGACUUCCAGAGCCAGGAGACAGAGCCCUCUUCCUCCUCCUCCUCCUCCUCUCAGCAUCUUCCUAAAGGUCCAGCUCUGAACGCCACGGCCCCUAAAAAGAUGACUACCUCUGCCUCCCUUCAGAUGGGGGAGAGCUCCAUGUCCCACACUCCCCGGGAGAAGACCCCCAACAAGGACUUAGUGCCCGGCUCCGCCCCCUCGCAGCCCGCCCACUCUGAGACCCAGGAGGACACGCCCCCCAGUGGCUCGGCCAAUCAGGAGAGAGAGGGAGACAAGAAGGCCAAAACCGCAGAGACGUACGGCUACAUCGUGACCAAUCAGAGCCUCAGGCUUCAGGACGGGGUUCUCUUGCUGGGCCGUCUAGCGGAGAGGAUUGACCUCUCCCCCGGCGCCCUCGUCAACAUCAGUGUGGUCGGACCAGCGAUGACCUUCAGAGUCCGGCCCAACGCCCAGAACCUCAGCGCUGAAGACGUCUCCGGGAAAGCAGUCGCUGAGAAGAGCUUCCUGGAGUCGGGCACCGGGCUGGAGAUCCUACAGGCCGGCGUCGGAGAGAAGCAGGAGGGUCCGGCUCCCCUCCAGGCCCAGCGGCUCCCGCCCGGAGGGUCCCGCUGGGGGUUUGGGAUCCUGGUGGUCACCAGCUGCGUGGGGGCGGUCCUCGCGGCUGCCAUGACGAUCACCUGUCUGAGACGCCACGCCCACCGGCUCGCCGCCAGGAAGCUGGGGCUCGGACCGGAGGGGGGGUCCUUCACCCACCAGGAGUACCAGGACCUGUGCCGGCAGCACAUGGCCUCCAGGGGGGCCUUUGGGCGCCUGGAGGCGGCGGCUCUGGGGGCGGCGGCGGGCCCCGGGGGCGGCGGUGCCGGGCGGGGCCCCGGGGUCGGGGUCGGGGCCACGGCGGGGGUCGGGGGCGGGGCCGACGGGUCGCGGGUCAGCAGCGUGUCGUCCCAGUUCAGCGAGGGGGCGGCGCCCAGCCCGGGCUCCCACAGCUCCACCCCCUCCUGGUGCGAGGAGCCGGCGCAGGCCAACAUGGACAUCUCUACUGGUCACAUGGUCCUGGCCUACAUGGAGGACCACCUGAGGAACAAGGACCGCCUCCUGCAGGAGUGGGAGGCGCUCUGCUCCUACCAGGCGGAGCCUAGUGCCGUCAGCUCCGCCCACAGCCCCGCCCAUCUCAAGAAGAACCGCAGCCCUGACUUUGUGCCCUAUGACCACUCCAGGGUGAAGCUCCGGGCUGAGGUCAACCCCUCCCGGGACGACUACAUCAAUGCCAGCACCAUAAUCGAGCACGACCCCCGGAUGCCGGCCUACAUUGCGACGCAGGGGCCACUGUCUCACACCAUCUCUGACUUCUGGCAGAUGGUGUGGGAGAACGGCUGUACAGUCAUCGUGAUGUUGACUGCUCUGGUGGAGGACGGAGAGAAGCAGUGUGACCGCUACUGGCCCGACGAAGGCUCGUCCCUCUACCACAUCUACGAGGUGAACCUCGUGUCGGAGCACAUCUGGUGUAACGACUUCCUGGUACGGAGCUUCUACCUGAAGAACGUCCAGACGCAGGAGACCCGGACCCUGACCCAGUUCCACUUCCUGAGCUGGCCCACCGCCGGGAUCCCCAGUGCCACGCGGCCCCUGCUGGACUUCAGGAGGAAGGUGAAUAAAUGCUACAGAGGAAGAUCCUGUCCCAUCAUCGUCCACUGCAGCGACGGGACUGGGCGUUCUGGGACAUACAUCCUGAUUGACAUGGUCCUGAACCGCAUGGCCAAAGGCGGUAAGGAGAUCGACAUUGCGGCGACUCUGGAGCACGUCAGAGACCAGAGGCCGGGGAUGGUGAGGACCAAGGACCAGUUUGAGUUUGCGCUGACGGCUGUGGCGGAGGAGGUCAACGCCAUCUUGAAGGCCCUCCCCCAGUGAGGCCUGGAGCCCCGCCCCCUCACGCCUGCUCCGCCCUCGACACCGCCCCCUGACCCCGCCCCCUGACCCCGCCCGCCCUUGUGGGCGUCACCCACACAUCCGGACCCCCAGCGACAGCCCCCCCCUGGUGUCGUCCUGUACGAUGGUUAUGUCCAAGAUGAUGUUGUUGUGUUUGACAUCUUGUUUCUCUCUCUCUGUGUCUCUCUCUCUCUCUCUGUGUCUCUCUCUCUCUCUCUCUCUCUCUCUCUCUCUCUCUCUCUCUCUCUCUCUCUCUCUCUCUCUCUCUCUCUCUCUCUCUCUCUCUCUCUCUCUCUCUCUCUCUCUCUCUCUCUCUCUGUCUCUCUCCUCUCUUUGUCUCUCUCUCUCUCUCUCUUUGUCUCUCUCUGUCUCUCUCUCUGUCUGUCUCGUCCCUCCGUUAAGCAAGCUGGGUUUACAUCUUCCUGACGCAGUGGGUAUGAAAAAUACGCUGAUUAAUGAAUUAAAGGGGACUUAAAUUGAAAAAGUCUAAACUAAUUACAGUUAAUCUACUAAUUAAUUCAUUAAAAGAAACCUGGAUUUAAAAGGUCUAAGAUAAUUACAGUUCAUCUGCUAAUUAAUUAAUUAAACAGGAUUUCAAUUGAAAACGUGAAGAGGAUUAUGUUAAUAUUAACUGGUCUGAAUUCAGCCUUCAGCUUGACGGUUUAGUGAUGGUUUUGCUUUGAAUCCUGGGAAAAAACAGUUAUAAUAUAGUCAUCUGUGAUCCUCUGAAUCUCGUCCAUAACCCAGCUGUAAUGGGUCUGAACCAGUAUAAACCUUCCUGCUCUAGUCUUCAUGUGUUUAAAUGUUAAGUGAAAUGACGAGGGAGAACGUGAUUAUGUUCAGAUAAACGUAAGACCAACUGUCGCCAUCUCCCUUGAACCUUCCUCCUAAAAAAGCCUGAAGCCUUCUCUGUGCUGCUCAGAUAGUCGUUUGUUUCUCUAUUUUUGUUGUCAUGCAAAUCAGAAAAAUAAUAAAAAAAUAUCUAUAUUGCUA